AUGAAAGUAAGCAAGCAAAUUUUUGAAUUGUCUGAGAAAAUUUUAGACACUUUUGAUCCUAUCAGACUUAAAGCCAAAGAGAUAAAAGUUAUUGAAGAUUAAUAAAAGCACAUUUAAGAAAGGUUAGAUAAGGAUUUACAAGAUAAGCAGAACUAAAAGUAAUAAAGAGCUGCAUAGAAUGAAUAAAAAGAAAAAUCAGAAAAAUAAUGUUAGCAAGAUGAUCAAUAGAAUCAAACUGAAAUCAAUAUAUAAAAGAAUGAAGUAACAAAAGAUGUGUUUAACUACACAAAAUGGGAUUUGCUAGAUCAAUAGUUAAAUUUAGAGGAGAAACGCCAAGAAACCGAGGACAAAGAUUUCUCAAAAGAGACAAUGCUUAAAGAAAUGAUGGGAUGUUCUAGAGAUCAUUCAAAAGAAAUAGACAUUUACUAUAAGAGCUAUGGCGAAAAAAUUGAACGUAUAAAAGCCAUGAAAGAUGAAGGCAAUAAAAGUUACAAAGAGAAUGAACUAGAAAAAGCUAGUUAUUAUUACGCUCAAGCACUCUUGAUAUUCUAUUAUCUUGUGCCUGAUAACGAUUAAGAAGAACAAGAGAGCAAUGAACUUAAAAGAUUAUGUCAUAUGAAUUAAAGCUUAGCUUUCUUAAAGCUAAAACGAUUCAAAGAAGCUUUAAGUGAAAUAAGCCAAGCAUUAAAAAUUAAAGCUGGUGAUGUGAAAAGUUUAUUGAGGAAAACUUAAAUUCUGAUAGAAUCUACAGAAUUCGAAGAAGCAAAGAAUCUAGCAAAGAGUGUCUUAGAAAUAGAAUAAGAUAACUAGUAGGCUUUGACUUAUCUAAAUGAAAUCAAAAUUAAAAAGGCCGAAUACCUCGAGAAGAGCAAAGAACUUUGCUAGAAAAUGGUAUAAAAAGAAGCAAAUAUUGAUGAUCUUAAAAAUGAAGUAAUUUAGGAUAAAGAUGUAUUAGAAUAAGAAUCAAAUUAAGUUGAAAAUUAAAUAGAAGCUAGUUAAAUAACCAUAGCUAAUGAAUCUGAUAAUAAUUGA